AUGAUAGAAAGCUACCAGUUUGGAUUUGAAGGCCUUUUUUCCCCGUGUUGGAGUUGCUUCUCUCUCUCUCUUUCUUUCUCUCUCUCUCUCUUUCUUUCUCUCUCUCUCUCUCUCUUUCUCUCUCGCUCUCUCUCUAUCUAUCUAUAUAUAUAUAUAUUAUGUCUGUUCAUAUCUAUCUAUCUAUCUAUCUAUCUAUCUAUCUAUCUAUCUUUGUCUGUUUAUGUAUCUAUCUAUCUAUCUAUCUAUCUAUCUAUGUCUGUUUUUCUAUCUAUGUCUGUUUAUCUAUCUAUCUAUCUAUCUAUGUCUAUCUAUCUAUCUAUCUAUCUAUGUCUGAUUUUUAUCUGUCUCUCUAUCUAUCUAUCUAUCUAUCUAUCUAUCUAUCUAUCUAUCUAUCAUUGUCUGUUUAUCUAUCUAUCUAUCUAUCUAUCUAUGUCUAUCUAUCUAUCUAUGUCUGUUUUUUAUCUAUCUAUCUAUCUAUCUAUCUACGUCUGUUUUUCUAUCUAUCUAUCUUUGUUUAUGUAUCUAUCUAUCUCUCUAUCUAUCUAUCUAUGUCUGUUUUUUAUCUAUCUAUCUAUCUAUCUAUCUAUCUAUGUCUGUUUAUCUAUCUAUGUCUGUCUAUAUAUCUAUCUAUCUAUGUCUAUCUAUCUAUGUCUGUUUUUUAUCUAUCUAUCUAUCUAUCUAUCUAUCUAUGUCUAUCUAUCUAUCUAUGUCUGUUUUUUAUCUAUCUAUCUAUCUAUCUAUCUAUGUCUAUCUAUCUAUCUAUGUCUGUUUUUUAUCUGUCUAUCUAUCUAUCUAUAUAUCUGUCUGUUUAUCUAUCUAUCUAUCUAUAUGUUAAAUACUUAUAUCUUCUUUCUUUUCUUUAAUUAUCUCAUUAAUUCUUUCUUACUUUCUUUCUUUUUUUUUCUGUCUUUCAUUCUUUCUUUCUUUCUUUCUUUCUUUCUCCACGUUAGUGUCUUUAUUUCUUUUUCUACGCUAGUUUCUUUCUUUCUUUCUUUCUUUCUUCUUUCUUUCUUUCUUUCUUUCUCCAAACUCGUUUCUUUAUUUCUUUUUCACGCUAGUUUCUUUUCUUUCUUUCUUUCUUUCUUUUCUUUCUUUCUUUUCUUUCUUUCUUCACUCUAUUUCUUUCUUUCUUUCUUUCUUUCUUUCUUUCUUUCUUUCUUUCUUUCUUUCAGUUACUCACUGAAACCAAUGCCGACAAGAUUUUUAUUAUUGCUAAUACUUUUUAUCUAUCUAUCUAUCUAUCUAUCUAUCUAUCUAUCUAUCUAUCUAUCUAUCUUACUGUCUGUUCAAGUCUAUACAUAUCUAUCUAUCUAUCUAUCUAUCCCAUAUCUAUCUAUCUAUCUAUCUAUCUAUCUAUCUCAGUCCAUAUCUAUAUGUCUCAGUCGAUUCAUUAUCUAUUUAUCUAUCUAUUGCAUGUUGUAA